ACAUGUAGAAAUAUCAUUUAUUCGAUGUAGCGAUAGAUAGUUGUCACUUAUCACUGCCUUCCUUCCCUUCAGUAUCGAUCUCUCGGCCUUCGAUCCACCGCCGCCUUCGUCUCUGCGCGGAUCUGAUUUUGCGCCGCAGAUAAUGGGUCGCGGAGUUAGUUACGGUGGAGGCCAGAGUUCUCUAGGCUACCUUUUUGGUAGCUCUGAAGCAACUCCUCCAAAACCUGCUGCAAACAAUGCCGCUGCUCCUCCCGAAAAAUCAGCUCCAGCAGCACCAUCUGUUGAUGCUACUAAGCAGAUUCCUGCCGGGAUCCCGGGAAGCCAAAACAACAAUUAUCACCGAGCCGAUGGCCAGAACACCGGCAACUUUCUCACUGAUCGACCAUCUACUAAGGUUCAUGCUGCGCCGGGAGGUGGAUCCUCCCUCGGAUACCUUUUCGGAGAUGGAAAGUAAGUGAUUUGUUUUAUAAUGAAAAUGAAAAUGAAAUUGUUGUUUGCUCUCUCUCUCAAUAUCCCUCCUCCUCCUACCCCAUGUGAGAUUCAGCUUGCUUCCAUUGUCAUAAUUUCACUUCAUUCAGACAUAAUUUCAUCUGUGUUUCUUGUCCUAAAAUGGAGCUUUUAACAAGCCAAGCCAAGCCAAGCCACUCAUUCCAAUUUGGCAAAUUUGUUUCUCAUCCCAUUUAUUAUAAUCUUAAUUUAACCAAAUGCUUUACCAACAAAAUUUUACUCUUAGAUAGAUAUGGCAACAAUACACCUUCGGAAUGGGUUUUAUGGGCCUCGAAACCCAACAUCGGGUCUGUUUCUUUUGAUUGGAUUUGGAAAAAAUUUGUUUUAAUCUGGUGUUAAAAUAA